UACAUCACCGUGUACUGUCUGUGAAAGCGUUUAAUAUAAGUUGUGAAAGGAGGUUUACAUCUGUUUUAUUUUAUUUUACCUUUUUACCUAAUAUUGUGUUGUCCCGGACAGUCCGCAGCAACAGUCUAUGUAAUAGCCUACAUUAUUGCCUCCUGCUCUCAGAACUAGGUAUGGUAGGUCUAAUUUCCCCCUUUUGCUUGUUCAAAUAUGAACCAUUACGUAUUUACUGACAGACUGAUGUGAAUUUUCACAAGGGCUAUCCAUUUGCACUGCGAUGCACUAUUUGGAUGAUUAAAACCUCUCCCCGAACCAGGCAGUCUGGAUUUUUUUUCUCUACAUUUUCCAUCUCCAAGCCGCCAAAAAGGGGGAAGCUUGCCCGUGCCUGUACCAGCACAGCAGUUACUGUACCCAAACAUUCUGUCUCAAAACGAACUGGACCUUGCUGCAUAUCGGCUGUCUCCUCCUGCAUCACUACUUUGGAAAGCGAUACCUAGACUCGCCGUUCUUCGGAAUCCAGUUCUGGGACGUUUUGAGAAAGUUAUGGCUCACAAUUGCCGUCUAACUGUUUUCUUUUUCCGAUGCUUGGGGUGUCUGCUCGGUUUCAAUAUAAUUCUCGUUCAAGCAGAUGGGAAAGUGUUCAUGUUGGAGUCCAGGAACGGCUCUCAGGGAAUGGACCUGGCCACGGCACAGGGGGCGUGCGAGUCACAGGGAGCCCGGCUCGCCAUGCCAGAGGAGCUGAGACGAGCCGUCAUCGAGUGCUCCUUCACCGCCUGCACCAGGGGCUGGUUAGCGGGCACCAACCUUGGGACCACUGUGUGUAACAAGCUUGACGGUGGACAGCAGAAUAUGAAAACAGUGGAUGUUAAAAUCGAAAGCGCCACUGAUACGAGCAGCCAGCAUGAUUCCUUCUGCAUAAAAGACAAAGAUAAGCCAUGUGGGGACCCUCCUUCCUUCCCCCACACCACUCUGCAGGGGCACACUGGCUUUGAGAUGGGAGAUGAGCUGCUUUAUGUCUGCACCCAGGGCAACCUUUUGGCCAACGGAGAGAAUGCUUUCACCCUGCUGUGUGACAGCUGCGGAGAGUGGUACGGGCUGGUUCAGUCUUGUACCAAAGAUGAGACAGAUGCACAUAUCGACUACGAAGAUAAGUUUCCUGACGAAAGGUCGAUGAUGUUUGAAGAUGUCAAUGAGGAUGAGGACAAGGAAUUUACUUUUUCAGAGCAUGAGGACACUGAGCAGGAAAGAGGGGAUAUGAAUGAGGGAGAGUCUCCCGUUUCACUGCUGAGUCAAAAACACCUCUUCUGGUUCCCCUCCGAGACCUUCCACAAGACCGAGCAGCCAGAGGAGUCCCAGGAACCCUCCAAUGAAGGCACCAAAACUGAGUUCUCUGAGGGGAACAACCACAUCAGGGUGAAGACCUCAGGCAGUGAAACCGGGGGAGACAAAACCUUUGACAACAACAAUGAGGACUUCCCUAUUGAUGUGCCUUCAGAGCCACACAAUGAAACCAAAACCAUGAAGGAAUCUGUAGCCAGCACCGACGAGUCCUGGCUGGAUGGCUACCCAGUAACGCAAGAAGUCGAGGAAGGCGAGAAAGUGGAUGGUUCCAUGGAAACCGAAGAAGAGGAGGUCAUGAUCACGAACGACCAGCCAAACCAUGUGGAGAUCAGCAGGCCCGACGCUCCAAGCACCACCGCGACAAUCGACUUUACCCAGAUAGUGUCUGGACCCACCAAGCAGCUGGAUUAUGGUGACAAGCCUGUUCCUGUGGAGCUGACGCCAACCUCAGCCCCGGAGAACAUGAGCGCCAGCAAAGGUAUGGACGGCAUGUAUCGCACAACCACACCAUCCCAGCUUAUAGAUACUACUACCAGAUCACCGGAUGAGUUUGCAGGAACGGCCCUUUACAAUGAAUUCACAGAGGAAGGGAACCUCACAGACGGUACCGGAGCCAAGUUACUUCCGACAGCAGAAACUUGUGUGGGGGAGGACUGUCCCCAGCCUAGCAAAGGCCCCAUGAUCGCCAUCAUCCUCAUUGUCAUCUGUUUGUUGAUAUUAGCCGCUGUAUUGGCCGUCUGGUGCUACAAGAAAAAACAACAGAAGAACUCUGUUUAUAAGAUGAAUGGGAAAGGCCAGACCAGACACCCCCAGCACAUUGAAAUGCAGCAGAAGGUCUAACUUUUUUUUUUUUUUUUUACUGAGCUAGCUACUAGCUGGAGCUGAUUUACAAAGCUACUCAAGCCCCCAGUGGAUGCCUAGAACUGACUCUUUCUUUAGAGACAGAGGACAAUGGGUACCAAGAAUUUGUUUCUUGUUUUUUUUUUUUUUGUUUUGUUUUGUUUUAUUUUUUUUGUUUCAAGGUCAAAUGUUGUCACAAAAUGGUUCCAGCACCUUAUAUAUCAAACACAUGCAUUCUUAAUACACAGGCCGAUUUAUUAUCUCAGUAUCAGGUUGUGCAGUUCAGGACAUGCCAGAAAGAUUCAGAGACAGUAAAUAAUAAAUGGUGGUUGGCUUCAGAGGCCUAGUUACAACUGUUUGAUGGCUGUUUUUAGGGCAUAUAUAAAAUGAAUGACAAAACUCAACACAAUUGUAACAAAAAACCUUAUCUGGAAGACAGUCUGACAGAGGCAAGUUGUUGGUGCCAAAAAGCCUGCAUAUUAUUGUCAGUAAGAUAUCACUCUGCAUGUUCCUUCAGCCUAUCAUGCAGUCUAUCCUACACCUUUCGGGAGCACUAAAUUCCCCACCGUUCCACAAACAAUAAAAACCUGAUUUUUGGAAAUAAAUACUGUAGUUAGAUAAAGGCAAAUUAACAUACAAGCAAUCAAUAUUUUUAACUUUUCUCUUUAGAGUAUAGCCAGAGAAACACUGCUAUAGGCAAUUGGAUAUAAAUUAUCUUAUAUAAGGCACAAUUUUCUUGAUGCAUACAUGCAUUAAUUUUUUACAAAUUCAAUGAUGAGCUGAAAUACAUUUUGUGGAGGCCUGUGACCUUUAAAACCACCUGUGUUUUAAAUGACCUAUGGUAAGGCAUACAUGCCAUGCUCAAAUGAUAUGGAAAUUGUUUAUGGCGGGGGUGGUAAGGUACUAAAGCCGCUUACUCUUGAGUGUGAAUGACCUGCUUCAUGGGUUGCAAAGCAAAUUUCAAAACUAUGGGAUUUAAGUGCCAUUUUCUCCUUCAGUGUAUUAUUCAGUUAGUACGUUAAUUGUUCAGUUUCUGGGGAACAUACUAGCGUUGUUAUUGAAUAUAUAAUAUUGUAUUAAUAUAGAUUUUCCUUUGUUCUUUUGAUAAUGAACAAUGCGUGCUGUUGGUUACUUUUUGUGUUGUAAAAAAUGGCUAUGAAACAUUUCUGAAGGGAUAACAAUAUAUUUUAGCUCGACAUCUUUUUUGUUUUACAAAAAAGGCAUCUAUGUUGCAUGUUAACAAAAUAACACUAACAAAAUUAUUUUCAACCAAGUUGUAACAAAGCUAGGUUUGAAUUGUGUUUGGCCUUUGAAGUGGUGAUAACGCAUGUUGUUGAUUCAUCUGGAGCAUCUAUACAUAGAUCUAAUCCUAGCUUUCUACUCAGUCCCCAAGGGAACGACAUAUAAUAUAAUAAUAUAUAUAACGAAAUAUAAUUCUUUCUAUAGAAAAUGUAUAUUAAAAGUGAGAAGGCUCUUGGAACAUUUUAGUGCCGGAUGAACUGACAACCUCAGCUGAACUGCUUCAGACAUACAGGGUUCCUCUCCUGAGGCUUUAGGAAGAGCAUAAGAUUUUAAUUACAGUAGUUAAUUGUCAUCUAAUUAGUGAGUAGUGACUGAUGAGUAAACCAAUCAAUUUCAUAGUAUACCUGUCAGAUUAGCAGUAGUAUUAGGCACUCAAAAAGGGUUCCUUGCUUUUGUUUUUUUAUCCUAUUUUAAAAAUGAUGUCUCGGGGACUGCUGACUGCUGCACCCUGACAUUACUGGCAAGCUCUGCUUUAUUGAUUCAAUAUUAAUAAUCAGAUGAAAUUGAAAGUUUGAAAAUACUUUUGCAUAACAAUCAUUGAUAUAUUGGACUUUGUGCAGAGCAGAAUCAGUUUCUGGCAAUCGUUUCCUGAUUACUUUCACAGUAGGAAUGCAUGCUCUAAUCUGGCAAAUGCAGGAAUUAUUUUACAUAAAUAAAGACAAUGAUUGAGGAUGGUCAUAAUGUAUUAUCUAGUACUGUAUUGCUAGCCAACACAUUUUCACCACUGACAUAGUGUCAUCAACAGGAGUGGGGUUUUUUUUCCCAAUAAGGACGCCUUGACAAGUAAGACAAGAUUGUGGCUCUGUGGGUUGGUAUGUGACAGCUAUAAACGUCUGUAAAUCUCAGUCUCUGGAUAGUGCAGCUCCAGCUACUGCAGUGAAAUCAGUCAACCUGAAUGCAACACACAUUACGGUAUAUACAGCUAUGGCCAAAGGUUUUGCAUCACCUUAUAGAAUUAAUUAAGUUUGCUUCAUAAAGUCAAAUGAA